AUGGCAAAUUCCAAGUUCUCAGAAUUCGAAUGGCCUAAAUUAUUUGAUCCAUGUUUUAUUUUUCUAGACCUUCAAGGGAGAGGUUCACCGUCUUAUACUCUUCAAAGAUACGCAGAUCUCGCCUCAACCUCUCACAGUUCAUUUUAUAACUCUCUAAAUCCUCAAUUGUCAACACCAAAUACCUGUUCUGGAUGCAAACAUAAUUUUGUAAAUACAUCUAUGGCAGAUGGCCACCCACUUGCUGCUUCCUCUCACCACACAGCAUCUGUCACUCCACUACAAUACUCCACUCCAAGUUACAAAACUUUGUACUUGGAUCAUUCAAAUUACGGGAAAUCGAUAUCAACUGUCGGUGUGGAAUUUCCAGAGUUGAAUAUUUUAAGCAAUGAAGAGCUGAAAAGACUUGGAGAGGAUACAGAGAAUCUUGAUACUUAUCUGGAGGAACAUGGAGAACUAAAAAAUAUUAAUUUAGCAAUCGAUGAGGCUAUCGAUUAUGUUGACAAAAUUGCUAGUAAGUUCAUAAUUUUUUUUUUUCGUAGCCCACUUCCUCUUAAAUAGCUAAAAUUAGAAUACUUUAGUCCAUAUAAAUUCAUUUUUCGAAUCGAAAAUGAUGAAACGAACAUGUUUUUAAAUAAAUAAUCAAACUCUAUGAAGGGCCAAGUCGAACAAGCUUUGUAGACACGCCCCAUUCCAAAUCUACUAAUUCUAAUAUUAGCAAAAUAUUUCUAAUUAUAGAUUCUAGGCGGAAAGAAUAUCAUGUUAUUUUUUUCUGUGGGAACAUAGUAAUUUUCCAUAUGAGGGUUCGAUUUCAGAACCAU